AUGACUACAACCACACAACACAUGAAUCUAAUCGUCGUCGUCCUUCUCAUAAUCUCAUUUGCUAUAGCUCCGGCAAUCUCAACGGUUCCGAAAGAAUGCGAAACCGAUUCAACAAACUCAUGCAUCGACAAAACCAAAGCAUUACCCCUCAAAAUCAUAGCUAUCGUUGCUAUCCUCGUGACAAGCAUGAUAGGUGUCACGGCUCCUCUCUUCAGCCGAUAUGUACCGUUCCUAAGUCCAGACGGAAAAAUCUUCAUGGUCAUCAAGUGUUUUGCAUCUGGGAUCAUAUUAGGAACCAGUUUCAUGCAUGUUUUGCCUGAUUCUUUUGAGAUGUUGUCCUCACCAUGUCUUGAAGACGAUCCGUGGCACAAGUUUCCAUUUGCGGGCUUCGUCGCUAUGUUGUCCUGUCUAGUUACUCUCGCUAUUGAUUCCAUUGCUACGAGUAUCUAUACAAGAAAAGAUGUAUGUGACGGCAGUGAAGACACGACUAAUCCGCUAAUAAUUCAUAUCGAUCACUUGCAAAUAACAACUAGAGAAACUAGCUCUACAUGCUCAAAACAACUAUUGCGGUACCGAGUUAUCGCCAUGGUAUUGGAGCUUGGGAUUAUAGUCCACUCGGUGGUUAUUGGACUAUCGCUAGGUGCAACAAAUGACAUAUGCACAAUUAAAGGUCUUAUUGCAGCUCUUUGCUUCCAUCAAAUGUUCGAAGGGAUGGGUCUCGGCGGUUGCAUUCUCCAGGCAGAAUAUACAAAUGUGAAGAAAUUAGUGAUGGCUUUCUUCUUUGCGGUUACAACACCAUUUGGGAUCGCUCUUGGUAUAGCCUUGUCGAGCGUUUACAAGGACAAUAGUCCAACCGCAUUAAUCACGGUCGGGCUACUCAAUGCAUGCUCUGCGGGACUGCUUAUUUACAUGGCGCUCGUAGACCUUCUAGCUGCAGAGUUUAUGGGAUCAAUGCUCCAAGGAAGCGUCAAACUUCAGCUUAUUUGUUUUGGCGCGGCUUUGCUCGGUUGCGGUGGAAUGUCCGUCCUCGCCAAGUGGGCUUAACCCAUCAACAGGAAAGGGUUCACAUCUUUACAUUUUUAUUAUGAUAUUUCCCUAAUUUUUCACUUUUAUAAUUUUCUCUACACACUAUAGUUUCUUUUCUUUUUGAGAAUUCAUGUUUCACUAUCCUACCAUUCUCCGUUCAUUUCUCAGGUCAUUUCUUGAAAUCUUCGCUCAAAUUCUUUAUUUUUCACACACUAUAGUUUCUUCACUCGAAUUCUUUCUUUAUCUAUUUUCACCACAAAUCCUAUUAGCUAAUAAUAGCCCAGUUUUAGAUUCUCAUUUAAUCGAACCUAAUUGUUGAACACUCAAUCUUUCCCGUCUGUUCUAAACAGAGGGACUAAUAUACAACUUAAUGAAGUAAAUAUAAAAGUAACAGUUGUAGUAUUAACCAUCAAAUAUUGUUAAAAUGUUUUUAUUUGAUAUGUGGUGCAAAAUAUGCAUGGCAUUCGGGUACUCUUUCGGAUAUGGAUACUAUCCAUUUGGAUAUUAUAAAAUAUGCAUGGCAUUCGGGUGCCCUUUCAAAAUCCUUGAAAAAUGAUCUCAUUCGGGUAUUAUAAAAACCCGGUCGUGUUCGAAUCGGAUUUGGGAGUUCGCGUUUUAACCAAAGUACUUGAUUCGACUUGGAUAUUUUAUAUCCAAACUACUCAAACUUAUCUAAAAUAACAUAAAACUCCCAAAUAUUUAAUUUAUAUAGUUUGAAUUGGUUAUUUUUUUGUCUAAAAUUAACCAUGGAUAUAAUGUUAUUUAAGUAUUUUUAUCCAGAACAUCCAUUUUUAUCUAUAAAUACCCAAAAUUACUAAUAUUUGAUUUUUAAUCUUAAUUUUAGGUAUUAACAUUAUUAUAAAUAUAAUUAAAAUAAUAUUUUAUAUAUUUUUUUAUGUUUGGAUAUGUUCGGAUACUCAUUUGAUUCUUGAUGCGGAUUGGGUUCGGUUUCAGUUUUUUGAGUUUUGAAAAAUGGUCUUAUUCGGAUAUUUAGGAUUUGACAGGGCAGGGUACCCUAUUUUCGGUUCGGUUCGGAUAUUGAUAUUAAGCUUGGCCCUAGUGUAAAAUACCGAAAUAACACUUUAUGAAAAGUAAGACGUACUAGUUUCUUACAAUAUUUAAAGAUUAAUACUAUUAGUGACACAAGUUUAUUGUAAACUAGGAUCGGCCCGCCCUACGGGCGGGAAGUUAGGAAAAAAAACUAUUUAUAUGAAUUUACAUUAAUUUUAUAAAGCGUUUUUAAAAAAAUUGUAGACUGAAAACGAUAUUAUAAACAAAAAUAAAUAAAUAGAAUUCGGAGAUCAUGCUGUUAUUUUUAAUUAAUAUUUUUGGAUUGAAUUAAAAUAACAGUAACUUUCAUUAUCUAUGAAGAACAAUCUAAUAUAAUAAAAUUAGUGAUGUCCACAUAUAAUUAUGCAAUGAUCAUGCCAGAGAAAUAUGUUAAAGAAAAGCUUAUAUUAUCUAAGCCAAAAAACAUUUUGUUACUCUGAGUAGCUUAGUUUGUGUAUGUUUUAAUUAAAAUGUGAUAGUUUUCUUCUAAUAAAAGUCAUACUUCAACUUCCUGCCACUCUUUAAAUUGAAUAUGGUCUAUCAUUAUUAAAUGAGUUUAAAAUUUAUUAGAUAGGUUUUACUAUUAAUUUAUUAAGUUGUUAAUACUGUGGAAACUUGCAUUAUCAAUAACAAUAUAUUUAAAUUAAAUGAUAAUAUUGCAUGGACGUUUUUAAGAGAAUUCAUGCUUGUAUGUAAUAAAGAGCUUAUGCUGCAGAUGCGCGUAAUUAUCUUGCAAAAUAUAUUUUUGCAUUGGUGUAUUAAUAAUUUGAAAUAAAACCGUUUACUGUACAAAGGGAAUCGUUCAAAAUUUUCAAAUAUCAGAGAGUGUUCGUUUAUUUAAAUAGCUAAGUAGGAGUAAUAUAUAAUAAUAUGUUUCAGCUAUUGUUUGAAAAAAGAAGAAGAAGUUAGGAGCACUAUUUGUCGUGAAAAAUCUGGACCUUAAAAAAUAAAUUGAUGUAAAUGGGUAAAGCAAAUAAUUAUAGGAGCACUAUUUAUCAUGAAAUCAUGGACCUUAGAAAAUAAAUUGAUGUAAAUGGGUAAAGCAAAUAAUUAUUCCUAUGUUUUUAUUGCUAAAACAUUAUUCAUAUGUUAAAUGCUCAGUAUAUGUAUAUCAAAUUAGUAAAUUCAAUUUUUCAUUCUCUAUAUAAUAUUAUACAUUUUGUAAGUAUGUUCACUAAUAUACUAUAAACCUAUUGGUUCACCUAGUUUUUUUUUGUUUUUACGGGCUAUUUUACACAUUAAAAUAAAUAAAACCAUUUUAUUGUAUUUUUGACACAUGUAAAUCCAAUUAAAAUCAUCAUACUCGGUUCUGUUGAUUUACAUUAAUUUGUCAUACCGGUAUGAUCGGAUUGAAUAUCAACGAUAUCUUAAGUGCUGUUUUUAUGACAUGUUCAUAAGACGAAGAACACAACAUUAUUUGUUUACUAAAAUAUAAAAGUAUGCUGUUAAAAGUAUUAUCUUUAAUUUGAUCUAAAGUCCACAUGACAAUAUUCCCGCAUGUUUAUGAGUUACACUAAAAGCUCACACGAUCUCCAACUCCAAAUUAAUGAAACGCCGCGUUUUGGACGCAUACAUGUGUCGGCUUCUCAAGACUCGAAUUAGUGACGUAUCCGCCUACGUGGACAGCCUAGGAGAAUAUCAAACCUAACUUUAUAUAUACAGAUUUAUAAAAUGGGAUAUAAGAGGUAGUGAAGGUAAAAUUAUAAUGAUUCUGAAUUAGUGAAGGGAAGAAUUCUCUUUUUAAGUUGCAAAUUAACCUUCCUAGUGAGGAAAAGAUUUGAAGUGCCAAAUAUUCAGAGUUAUAGUUCUGUUGAUUGUUGUUAUGUUUGUGCUGCCCAGAUUCUUGCUUGUAAAAUAUUGUUGAUAUUGUUUGAAUGUUAUAAAUAUAAUUAUACAUUAAUGCAACAAAUUAUCCCUGACUAUAUUUGGCGAAGUAUGAAGCUCAUGUUUUUAUUUUUAAUGGAACCGUAAUGAUUAAUCAUGUCACAAAUACAUCAAUUUAUUUAAACUUAGAAAUAUUUUUAAACAUCAUCUGAACCAAACGUAGCAAAUCCAAAGGGAUGAAACGAAAGGAAAAAAACUCGUUAAGCAACAUUGAUAUGUUAGCAUUAUCCAAACAGGAAAUAUGGCGUUCAGAGCUCUCGUUAUCUUCACUUGUGCCAUUGUACCAUGCAUGCUUUCUCUGCCAUCUUCAAGCCGGAGGCUUCUUAGUGUUGAGAUCACUUGGAUCUGGUCCUGUAGUCGGUGCUCCCUCAAGAGUACUACCGCCAACGUCCACCUUGGCAGAGACUGAGUUCAUUCCAGGCAUAUCAUCGUCAUCAUUGCCAGAACAAAGGGAAUCAAUAAAAAGAAAGACCAAAGGGAAUCAAAAAUCAGAAAAUGAAACAUCACAUCGUUGGAAAUCACAAUGACCAUUUAUACGUGGAAGCAUAAUUACACUGCAGAUGAAGACUUGAACA